AUGAGUAACCCCGAGCCCUCUAGAGAAGGUUCUAACCGAGAACCAAGCAACAACGAUAUUUUUAGAUCCUUACAGAUGAUUAUGGACCGCUUGUCUAGGCUAGAGGUCGAGCGGGCCCCCGAACCGCAUAUGCAAGAACCAAUAGGUCACCCUAGGCAAAACCAACCCCCUCCUAUCGAUCUAUCAAGCGAUGUAGAAAGCGAUAUCCGACCAAGACAUAGGCCGAGAGAGAGAGUGGUAGAUAACCUUCCCGAUAGAGGAGAGCCCCGUAGGCACCAACACCACAGACCCCGAGAGAUAAUGUCCGACGAGGAGUCGGAUCCCGAUUACAUCCCUAAGAGGAACCCACCUCGCAGAGCUAGACCCGAACGAUGGGCCAACCAAGUAGAGGAUGAUAACUAUAGACCAAUCCGGGGUCAAGGGGGAGACCUUAAGCUUAAACCACCAUUGUUCGUAGGUCGCAUAGAUCCGGAAGCGUAUCUCGAUUGGGAACGUCGCAUGGAUAACAUAUUUGAAUGUUAUUCGUAUUCGGACCGUAGGCAAGUCCAAUACGCGGCGGCUCAAUUAGCUGAAAGCACCUUAGCUUGGUGGGACCGAGAACUGACCGAACGACGCCGCGCUCAAAUCGAGCCAAUCGGCACUUGGCGCGAAAUGAAAGCGUUAAUGCGGAAACGCUAUAUCCCACCUCAUUUCCACCGCGAACUCCAGCGAAAAUAUCGAAGGAUUUCGCAAGGUGCUAGGACCGUAGAAGAGUAUUUCGAGGAAUUUGAGCACCUUAGGAGUAGAUUAGUGAUGGACGAGGACGAGGAAACCGUGAUGGCACAGUUCCUCGAUGGCUUCAACGAGAGUAUUGCUCGAAAGGUCGAGCGCCACCCAUAUCAAAACCUCCACGAGCUCUUACACUUGGCCGUGCAGAUCGAAAAGCAAAACCAACGUAAGCAAGCCCGGUUAAGUAAGCCCAAACCCUCGCCUAGCAACCCCAUUACCCUCCCUAGGACUACCUCCACACCCCGAAAGGAAACGACCGAAGGUCGUAGCUUUCCAAGUUACAAGGAUAAAGGGAAAGCUCCAGAAACCUCGCAAUCCCGAACUCAAACUGACUCCACACGCGAUCCACGAUCACGGGAGAUCAUAUGUUUUAAAUGUCGGGGAAGGGGACAUAUGGCUCGUGACUGUCCAAAUGCUAGGGUAAUGAUUAUUACGGACAGCGGAGAAUACGAGUCAUUAGACGAGGAGGAGGCGGGCGAUCUUGAGGAAGAGAUCGCUUACCCGGAUAGCGGUGAAUUAUUAGUCACUCGACGAGUACUUAGUACGCUAGUAACUCCGGAAGAGACAGUAUGUGGAAUGAUUAUUGAUAGUGGGUCGUGCACCAACGUGGCCAGCGCCUAUAUGGUGAAAACGCUGGAUCUAUCCACAGAAAAACAUCCGCACCCAUACAAGCUGCAGUGGCUUAAUAACAGCGGAGAACUCAAAGUGACCGAAAGGGUCAAAAUUCCGUUCAGUAUAGGAAAAUAUCGCGACGAGGUCCUUUGCGACGUCGUUCCUAUGCAAGCCGGUCAUAUCCUUUUAGGAAGACCAUGGCAAUUCGAUCGGGAAGUAACCCACGACGGACGAGCCAACCAGUAUUCCUUCGUGUAUGACAAAUGA